AUGUCGUCUUUAAAAUUGCGACCUAAACCUUUGACCCACAAAAACGACCCUCUCGCGAUCAUUCGCACCAGACAAGACACACAUGGCAGACCUGUCACGAUAGCAGGACCCAUGGUGCGAUACUCGAAAUUGCCGUUUCGCCAAGUAUGCAGAAAAUACAAUGCAGAUAUUGUUUACACGCCUAUGAUCCUCGCACGCGAAUUUGUGCGAAACUCACAUGCCAGAACUGCAGAUUUGAGCACCAACGAGAGUGACACCCCGCUCAUUGUCCAGGUAGGCGUGAACAAUACAACAGAUCUGCUCAGAUUCGUAGAAAUGGUAAGUCCGUUUUGUGACGGAAUAGGCAUCAACUGUGGGUGUCCGAUAAAGGAACAAGUCCGCGAGGGCAUCGGUUCUGCGCUCAUCUAUAACCCAGAUCUCCUCUGCGAAAUGGUAUCUGCAGUGAAAGAUAAAUACGGCAAUUUGGUUCGUCUAGAGACGAAGAUUCGUAUUCACGACAAUUGGGACGACACUGUUGCACUUUGUCGUCGCUUGUGCGACGCUAAAGUCGACUGGAUUACCAUUCAUGGUCGGACCCGGACCACCAGAUCGUCUGUCCCAGUGAACCUCGAAGCGAUCCGCUACAUCCGCGAACGUAUAAGCGACAAGCGCGUCCCUGUGAUCGCUAAUGGUGACUGUUUUAGCAUGGCAGAUUUCAACAGAAUUGUCGAACACACGGGCGUUGAUGGCGUCAUGGCCGUGCGAGGACUGUUAGAAAACCCUGCCGUAUUUGCAGGCCAUACAAAAUGUCCUUGGGGGGCACUAGAGCUGUUCUGGCACUACACAGUACAGUUUGGGGGGCUGCCGUUCCGGCUCAUACAGCACCAUCUGCAUUGCAUGCUAGAGAAUAUGGGUCUCGAGAAACACCUACACAGAGAGCUAAUGAAGAUCAAGACUACUGCCGAGCUACUGGAUUGGUUCGAUGCUAAUUUUGAACUGAAGAGAAAAUCAGAUGCGGGCUUUGGUAUUGCCGUUGACAUCCCAUACAGCACCAAGUCGAACUGUUCUGAAUAUGGGAUGCCCUAG